GUUUAUAUUUAUAAAUUUUGAUAUAUAAAAUUUAAUUAAAAAUAUUAUAAUUAUUGAUAAUUUUAUAUAGUGAAUGUUGUUUGUUUUUUAUCAAAUAAUACUUUGAAAUUACGUGCUUCCGGAUUUUCGAUAAUAAUAAUAUCAUUUGACAUUAUUCUACUUUAACAGUUGUUAUUUUUUUUUUAUGCCAUAAAUAAAUAAUACGGCUAAACUUGUUGUGAUAAAAUGUUACGUAUAUUUCGAUUCCAUCAGUAAUUCGCUGCACGCGGAACAGGCAAGUUGGAUUUCCCCGACAAUAUACUUCCAGUGGCAAUUGAAAUUUAAAAAAAAUUAUAAACAAUUUUUAAUUUAACAUAUUGGUAUAUGUAAUUUUAUUCUUUCAUUUUUGAAGAUUAUUUUAAAAGUGAUGAUAUUAAUAUUGGAGUUUUAUUAACGGGUGACGAUUAAUUUUGAAAGUGAUCGGAUGCGAUCGAGGAAGAGUUGUAAUUGCAUCAAAUACCUGCCGCGACAAGUUCGCGGAACGCAGUCAAGCUGGCUGCCUCUGCUGGUAACCCGGUCGUCGCUGCUGCGUCUGUCACUGCCGCAACUGCGCAUCCCCCUGUUCUCUGGGCCACACGGAGAAAACCAACUCAAUAUUUGAGAAGCAUUAAUGAGCCAAGGAUGACAGCAGAAACAGUAUCACCUUGUGUACAGGGUGUACAAAGUGGACAAUCAGAUGUCAUGGUUAAUUCAUUGACUCAACAGCAUCAUCAAUCACAGACAAAUAAACCACAUGUUAAUUUAUCAAAUCGUUCAACAUUGUCAUCAUCUUCAUCAGCAUCAUCAUCGUCAUCAUCAUCUUCAUCAUCAUUAUCAUCUGGUGUUGGUAGCACAGUGACAACAUCCGCUGUUUAUAAACUUGAAUAUGCCCAAAUGGAAGCUUGGCUUGAUGAACAUCCUGACUUUGUCACUGAUUAUUUUUUAAGAAAAGCAACAAGACAUAUUGUUGAUCAAUGGUUAUUAAGAUAUUCAACACCAACAACAUCAUCACCAAAUAACUGUGGACAAGAUACAAUAGGACAAAAUAAUUGUAAUUAUGAUGUUGGUAAUAGUGGUAAUAAUAAUAAUAAUAAUAGUGGUUCUGGUGCAACAACACCAGUAAGAAAAAUAUCAGCACAUGAAUUUGAAAGAGGUGGUUUAUUAAAACCAAUUGUUAAUACAAUUGAUGGUACACCAACAUUUUUAAGUGUAUCACAAGAAGAUCCAAGUCAAAGUAGUGUUGGUACACAAGCUGGACCUGGUGGAACAUUAAGACCACAAAGAAAAUCAAGACAUGAAUUACGUCAAUUAGAUGAAAAAGAUCUUAUUUUUGAACUGGUUAAAGAUAUUUGUAAUGAACUUGAUGUACGAUCACUUUGUCAUAAAAUACUUCAAAAUGUCAGUACAUUAUUACACGCAGAUAGAGGAUCAUUAUUUCUCGUUCAAGGUGAACGUCCAUGUAAAAAUAAUAAAAAUUAUCGAAAUAUAAAUAAUAAUAGUAAUUAUACAAAUAAUGAUUGUGAUAAAAAUAAUCAACGUAAAAAAAAUCAAAGUCAAAUUAAUAAUAAUAACAAUAAUUAUAAUAAUAAAUAUUGUCGAGAAACAAGGUGUCUUGUUUCGAAAUUAUUUGAUGUUUGUUCGAGAUCAACACUCAUCGAAAUGGAAAAAAAAAUUGAAAUUAAAAUAUCAUGGGGUACUGGUAUUGUUGGCUAUGUUGCUGAAAGUGGUGAACCAGUUAAUAUUCCAGAUGCAUACAAGGAUAAAAGAUUUAAUCGUGAAAUUGAUUUACUUACUGGUUAUACAACAAGAAAUCUUUUGUGUAUGCCAAUAAAAGAUUGUAGUGGUAAUGUCAUUGGUGUUGCACAAGUAAUUAAUAAAUUAGGUGAUGAAUCACAAUUUACAAUACAAGAUGAAAAAAUAUUUAAAAGUUAUUUACAAUUUUGUGGUAUUGGAUUGAGAAAUGCACAAUUAUAUGAAAAAAGUCAACUUGAAGUUAAAAGAAAUCAGGUUUUGCUUGAUUUGGCAAGAAUGGUUUUUGAAGAACAAAGUACCAUUGAACACAUGGUUUUUCGAAUUUUGACUCACACACAAUCACUUAUUCAGUGUCAACGAGUACAGGUACUUUUAGUUCACAAGGCGUCAAAGGGUAGCUUUUCACGGGUGUUUGACUUUGAAGCCAAUGACCUGACUGUUGAAGACACGGACUCACGAACCAGUCCAUUUGAAAGCAGAUUUCCAAUAAACGUUGGCAUAACUGGCUAUGUUGCAACAACAGGCGAAACAGUUAAUAUACCAAAUGCUUAUGAAGACUCAAGAUUUGAUGCAUCAGUUGAUGAUGGUAUAAAUUUUAAGCAUAAAACAAUUUUAUGUAUGCCAAUAAAAAAUUCAUCUGGUCAAAUAAUUGGAGUUAUACAAUUGAUUAAUAAAUUUGAUGAUUUAAUAUUUACUAAAAAUGAUGAAAAUUUUGUUGAGGCAUUUGCAAUAUUUUGUGGAAUGGGUAUACACAAUACACACAUGUAUGAAAAAGCAGUUAUUGCAAUGGCAAAACAAAGUGUAACAUUAGAAGUACUGAGUUAUCAUGCAUCAGCAUCAAUUGAAGAUGCCAAAAGAUUAAGGCAGGACUUAAGAGUACCAUCAUCAGCAUAUUUUGAUCUUCAUGAUUUUAAAUUUGAUGACAUUAGAAUGGAGGAUGAUGAGACACUCACAGCAUCAUUGAGAAUGUUUUUAGAUCUUGAUUUUGUUGAACGUUUUCAUAUUGAUUAUGAUGUAUUAUGUAGAUGGUUAUUAAGUGUUAAAAAAAAUUAUCGCAAUGUUACUUAUCACAAUUGGAGACAUGCAUUUAAUGUUGCUCAAAUGAUGUUUGCAAUAUUGACUGCAACACAAUGGUGGAAAAUAUUUGGAGAAAUUGAGUGUUUAGCACUUAUGAUUGCUUGUCUUUGUCAUGAUUUAGAUCAUCGAGGGACCAAUAAUUCAUUCCAAAUAAAGGCUUCAUCUCCUUUGGCUCAAUUAUACUCAACUUCAACAAUGGAACAUCAUCAUUUUGAUCAGUGUUUAAUGAUAUUAAGUAGUCAAGGAAAUCAAAUAUUAUCAAAUGUAUCACCUGAAGAAUAUUCACGUAUUGUUAAAGUACUUGAAGAAGCAAUUUUAUCAACAGAUUUAGCUGUUUAUUUUCGUAAACGUGGAUCAUUUUUAAGUAUUGCACGUUCAAAAACUUAUAAUUGGUCACAUGGUGAACAUCGUGAUCUUUUACGUGGAAUGUUAAUGACUGUUUGUGAUCUUGCUGCAAUAACAAAACCAUGGGAAAUUGAAAAACGUGUUGCUGAAUUAGUCAGUAGUGAAUUUUUUGAACAAGGAGAUAUUGAAAGACGAACUUUAAAUAUAACACCAAUUGAUAUCAUGAAUCGAGAAAAAGAGGAUCAGUUACCAAUGAUGCAAGUUGGUUUUAUCGAUUCAAUAUGCCUUCCAAUUUACGAGGCUUUUGCACUUUUAUCGGAUAAAUUAAAUCCACUGGUUGAGGGGGUGAGACAAAAUAAACAACACUGGCUUGAAAUUGCUGAAGACACGUGCUCAAGUAACUGCACAAAUCACGACAGGACAACAGUAAGCCAAGAUAAUAACUCUGAAGAAAUAAAACGAGAUGGUGUUCUUGUUGAAUAAAAUGAAAAAAAAAACAACCUAUUUCAUUUUGUCCAUUAUUUAUUUAUUUAUUUUUAUUUUCAUGGGCCAACAAUUAUACAUUGUCUGCAAUUUUAUUGACAAAAAAAAAUUGUUUAAAAUACAGUUUGCCAUAACGCUACCACUGUACCUGAUCGCAUUUAAAUAAUUUCCAGAAAUAAAAUAGACAUCUAAAAAAAAAAUAAUAACAAAAUAAAAAAGAGGAAAAAGCAAAUUACGUAUACGUAUUAUUUUCUUGAAUGCACGGCAAUUAUUAUCUAUUGACAUUGAAUUGAAGCAAAAAAACAAGACCGUACAUGCCAAAGACAACAUAGUCAAUGGCAUAUUUAAAAAAUAAAAAAAAAAAUAUAUAUAUUAACUGUAUUUUGAAGUGUAAUUUUGAAAUAAUUAUUUCAUGUUUUUCGUUUUUUUUUUAGUAAUACCAAAGUGCGAACUAAUCACUCAGACGUGAUUAGAAAUAUUUUUUUUUUGUUUUUUAAGUAAAUAUAAGUUGAUGUUAAGAUUGUAGUUGAAAAAAAAUUAAUAAAAAUUAAAAUUUAUUUAUGUAAAUAAAUUUAUAAACAAUUAUUACUUUUUUUUUUUUAUUUUACAAGCACUGAAUCCAUAUGAUUACUAUCGAAAUAAUAAAAAUUGCGUGAGAAAUUUGUGAACACGAUACUAUAUAAAUCGACCAAGACUUGAAUCAAUUUUUAAUCAUUAACAUUCACUUAAAUAAUAAAAAUUUAUAACUUCAUCAAACAUUUAAAAAAAAAAUCCAAUAUACUCUUUUUUUUUUUUCUCAUAUUAACUUUCAAGAUUUUCGUUAAAAUUUCCAUCAAGUAUUCGUAAUAAAAAAAAAAAAUGCUAUUCAAAUAUAUCGAGCGAGAAAAAAAAAUAAAAAUAUUUUAAAAAAGUUUAUGCCAGUCACGGGUAUCUCGAGUUUAAAAUAUAUACAUGCAAAAAAAAAAAUUGAAAAAAUAAAAAUUAUAAUAAUUAUUGAAUGGAUAGAAGCUUUUAAAAAAUUAAUAAAAAAAAAAAAGCAUUAUAAUUACCGAGGCCAAGCUUGGCAUGUAUUAUUAAAUAAAAUAAUGAAAAAAAAAAAUACUGUCAAUGGAAAAAAUAAUAAUUUAUUAAGAUUGUAAAAUGAAAAAUGAAACAAAAAAAAAAAUUAUAAUAAAAUGAUAAAAUAAUUAAAA